UCGGGAGAGGAGGUGGGGGCGGGCAAGGCAACGGUUUCCAAACAGUACUGAAAAAUUAGUUAGGACUGGGAGUUAAAUAUAUAGACAGCAAGAAGAAAAGAGAAAUGGGCCUGGGCCGGAAAGGUUCCUCAGAGCAGAAGAAUGGCAGACAGAGGAGAGAAGAUAGCCCGUCGCGAGACGGCGGCCAUAAGUGCGGAAGAGCGUGCCGCUUCCCUCUGCUUGUGGCUCUGCUUCAGCUGCUUCUGGGGGUGGCCGUCACAGUUGUGGCCUUUCUCAUGUUGACCAUCAGCAAGUCACUGCUGGCCAGAGAGACGCCACACUGGGCUGGGAUCAUUCUGUGCUUGGUUUCCAUUGUGGGCUUCAUCCUGUACUGCGUCACCUAUCGGCCUGAUGAGCGCUCGUCCGUGCAGUUCAUCGUCAAGCUCCUGUACUUUGCCCUGUGUGCAAUCGGCCUGGUUAUUUCCGUCCUGGUUGUGGCCUUUGCCGGAUACCACCAUGCACAGACCAGCAGCUUCAGCUGCAUGCCCGCCGCCGAGGACUGUAUGUGCACUUUGGACCCGCAUGACCCGAUAGCUCGCACUUUCACCUAUCAGGGAGUCGGCGACUGUCGGGAGAUCACCGAGACGCUCGCGUUGUAUCAUUUGCUCCAGAUUGUGCUGAACCUUGGCCAGGCUUUGGUCUGUGCCGUGGGCGCCUUCAUCAUGUGGAAGCAACGCUACCAGGUUUUCUUUGCUGGUCUUCAGAUCGGAACCUUCCAGCAGUGGCACAAGGUUUAAAUGGAUGAUUUAUCCUGUUAUAUUUUGUGCUUGUUGUCAUGAUAUCAAUAUCAUAUUGCUUUUUUGUACCUCUUUUGUACACAUUUUAAGAAAGUUACAGAGAUUUGUAACAAGUUAAAACCCAAAAUCACUCAUUUGAUAAGUAUGACUACUCACUGUAUUUGUCAACACAGCACUAAAACCCAAAUACAGGCGGUACUUUACUGCGUUCCAUGUUACAGGGUUUAUUAGUUAGGAAUUCAAUUAUUUAAAAUGGAAUUUUGAUGCAUAAACACGAGUGAAGUGUUGGCUGAUGUUUUAUUCACUUAACCGGCAACCAAGAAUAAAGAUUAGGGAUGUCCGAUAAUUAUGGGUACUGACAAUUAUUAUUAAAAAUGCAAUAUCGGUUCGUUUUUUUUUUUGUUUUGUUUUUGUACAUGCUCAAAAGUCUUGCCAAUUUACUGCAAAGAGCAUCACGAUCGAUGGACUUCAGCAAACUAAAGCCUGAAACAUAACGUAUGACUAAUGUGUGACGUGUUCCUGGACAAUAGGAUCUCUGUUCAAUUAUAAAUUAUAUUCAGAAAGCAGGAAGUGAACAAAUGUAACAGUUACUGAUUGUAAAAGUACCCGAUGGAGGGGUAGGAUUUAAUAAGCUUUGCUUCUUCCUACUCCUUUUUGGACAUGUGGAACUGUGAACUGAUUAUGGGAUGCAUUCAAUUGUAAUCUGAUGCAUGUUCAAAUGAAAUUAAACCAUUACCAUUACCAUAUGGGUUAUCAAUCAUGAAAACCGAUGCUGUAAACAACGUAUAUGUGUUCAUUCCACCACAGGAGAUAUGUCAUCAGUAUCAGCUGAUAUCAGUAUCGGAAAUUGAGAGUUGGACGAUAUUGACAUAUCGAUUUUUCGGACAAUUUCUUUAUUGCAUAAACAAAACAGGCUACCGUCGGAUGCCAAAACAACAUCAUGGAGCCACCCCCAGUAUAACAAUCAGUUGCUUUAAGCUUCAUUGUUGGACUACACUUUUGGUCAAUUUCCUGUUUAUUUACAAGUACCAGUGUUAUAUAUCUACAUUCUUUUUGUGAUACAUACAGUACCUGUCUUUGGGAAACUUGUAUUGUAUUGUAUUGUAUUGUAUUGUAUUAAAGU